CACACACACACACACACACACACACACACACACACACACACACACACACACACACACACACACACACACACACACACACACACACACACACACACACACACACACACACACUGUUUCUUGAUCACACGGUCUCCAUCACAGGAGAUAGACUAUCCACUGGCAUCUAUUAUAAACCCACUGACCCCCACAACUAUCUAGACUACACUUCUCCCCACCCUGCUUCCUGUAAAGAUUCCAUCCCCUAUUCCCAAUUCCUCCAUCUACGCCGCAUCUGCGCCCAAGAUGAGGUGCUCCAUACCAGGUCAUCGGAGAUGUCCUCAAUCUUUAGGGAAUGGGGGUUCCCAUCUCCCAUCACAGAUGAGGCCCUCACUAGGGUCUCCUCGGUACCCUGCAGCUCUGCCCUUGCUCCCCCUCCCCCCAGUUGCAACAGGGACAGAGUUCCCCGUCCUCACCUUUCACCCCAUCAGCCGUCACAUACAGCACAUAAUCCUCCAACAUUUUCACCACCUCCAACAGGAUCCCACCACUGGCCACAUCUUCCCAUCUCCACCCAUUUCCACUUUCCGCAGAGACUGUUCCCUCCGCAACACUUUGGUCAACUCACCCUUUUCCACCCAAACCACCCCCUCCCCAGGAACCGCAGGAGAUGCAACACCUGUCCCUAUACCUCCCCACUCGACUCUGUCCAAGGACCGAGACAGACUUUUAAGGGAGGUAGAGGUUCAGUAUCACCUCCUCCAACCUCAUCUACUGUAUCUGCUGUUCCAGGUGUGGACACCUGUAUAUCGGUGAGACCAAGCGCAGGCUCGGCGAUCGUUUUGUUGAACACCUCCACUCAGUCUGUUUAAACCUACCUGAUCUCUCGGUGAGAAACACUUUAACUCCCCCUCCCAUUCACACACUGACCUUUCUGUCCUCGUCCACCUCCCUUGUCAGAGUGAGGCCCAGUGUAAAUUCGAGGAACAACACCUCAUAUUGCGCUUGGGCAGCUUACACCCCAGCGGUAUGAACAUUGACUUCUCUAACUUCAAGUAACCCUUGCUUUCCUUCUCUCUCCAUCCUUUCCCCUUCCCAGUUCUCCAACCAGUCUCUAUCUCCGACUACAUUUUAUCUCUGUUUGCUUUGUUGUUCCCUUCUCCCAGCUGACAACGAUCUAUUCUACAUUUUCAUAGAAACAUAGACAUAGAAACAUAGAAAAUAGGUGCAGGAGUAGGCCAUUUGGCCCUUCAAGCCUGCACCGCCAUUCAAUAUGAUCAUGGCUGAUCAUCUAACUCAGUAUCCUGUACCUUCCUUCUCUCCAUACCCCCUGAUCCCAUUAGCCACAACGGCCACAUCUAACUCUUCCUUCAUCUCCAUCUCCUUUGUCCCGUUUUCACACCUUACACUUCCUUAUCUAUGUAUCUCCCUCUCCCCUGACCUCAGUCUGAAGAAGGGUCUCAACGUAAAUCCCCACCCAUUUAUGCUCUCCCGAGAUACUCUCUAUCCCGCUGAGUUACUCCAGCAAUUGUGUCCAUUGCCGGUGACCCCAGACAGGGCGGCACGGUGGCGCAGCGGUAGAGUUACUGCCUUACAGCGCUUGCAGCGCCAGAGACCUGGGUUCGAUCCCCACUACGGGUGCUGUCUGUACGGAGUUCUCCCUGUGACCUGCGUGUGUUUUCACAUUGUAGGUAUAACUGUCCCCCAGCGAUCACGCCGGCGGGUAAAGAGUAAAGUCACCCGGCAACAAGUGAGCUCACACACAUCUUGAACCUUAUUGGAUAACGUGCAGCAAUCCAUCCAAGUACUUGACACGGGGAGAGGGAAAGUCCAGACACACAGCGGACUGGAGUAGCGAUCACAGCGGACGUUCACUGACGGAGUCUCCUCCUGAACCGAAGUAGGAGAACACACACAACUGAAGACAAGGAGGAGCCCCGGUGCCCAGACCUCUCCCCCCCGGGCAGUGCUGGGACCACUGGAUCAUCACACAGGCGAGACAAGGACAGACAGAGAAGGAGAAUGGGAAAUGCCAGCUCCAGCAAACAGGCGGCUCAGUCUGAGACCCCCACAUUCUUCACACAGGAAGAGCUCAACAAAGUGAAGUCUGAGUUCGAAACGGGAGGUGUGGGAAAGGUUCAACCUCUGCUGGAGAAGAAGGCGAAAGAACUGGACAACACCGAGGUGAACAUCGCCGUGACGGGAGACACGGGUGCAGGAAAAUCCACCUUCAUCAACGCCAUGAGAGGGCUUCGUAGCAAAGAUGAGGGAGCGGCUGCGGUUGGGACCACGGAAACUACAAUGGAGCCAACCGGAUACUCACAUCCCACUCUGCCCAAUGUCCGCUACUGGGACCUGCCGGGGAUCGGAUCUACACGAUUCACCGCGGGUUCCUACCUGAUGGAAAUGCAAUUUAAAAAAUACGAUUUCUUCAUCAUAGUGUCAGCUGGUCGAUUCACAGAGAGUGAUGCGAAUCUUGCCAAGGAGAUUAAGCGGCUGGGGAAGAAGUUCUAUUUUGUCCGCUCUAAGAUUGACGCUGACCUUGAUUCAAUGAAGCAGGAACGGGGGGAAUUUGAUAAAGUUGCAGAAAUGGAAAAGAUCCGGAGUGACUGCGUCAGUCAGUUGGGAAAGGCCGGGAUCCCUGAUCCCAAUGUGUUCCUGAUAUCCAGUUUCAAGAAGAAUAUGUAUGAUUUCUCUCGGUUAAUGAUAAAACUUGGAGAUGAUUUACCAAAUAUAAAGGAAUCUGUCUUUGUCCUGGCCCUUCCCAACUUCAGUGUGGAGAUUAUUCAUAAGAAAGGUGAGGUGUUGAAGGGACGUAUAUGGAUGUUGGCGAUCAUUGCGGGAGGAGUGGGAGCGAUCCCUGUCCCGGGUCUCUCUGCCGCCUGCAACAUUGGGGUAUUGAUUGGAGCGAUAAUCUUUUUCCGUGAAUGCCUGUGUCUGGAUGAUGCUGCUCGCAGCAGAUUGGCCGAGAGAAAAGGCAAGUCCAUGGAAGAGUUGGAUGCGGCAGCGCCAUCACCCCUGUUGGGAAAAAUAACUGUAGACGUAAUAAAGUGGUUGUGUAAAGCCGUUGUUGGUGUUUCAACCGUUGCAACCGUUGCAGCCGCUCUUUGCUUUCUCCCACUCGUCGGUUCCCUUUUUGGAGCCGGGUCAUCAUUUAUGAUGGCCUACGUGAUAAUGAGUAACGCGCUGACGCUUCUGACGGGGACCGCAAUAACGUUGCUCGCUGUAGCCAAUUGCGCCCAUUUAAUCUUCACCAAGGUGAAGGAGUGGAGAUACAUCUGCAAGAAGACCAACUCUCUGAAACCAUGGAUGACUACGGAGGUCCAGCGUCUUCUGAAGGAGCGGGACUUGGCCCACAAAUCUGGCAACAAAGAACUGUACAGCACUGCCAGACACAACCUUAAGCGGGGCCUUAAAUCAGCUAAAAUGUCCUACAAGGAGAAGAUCGAGGACCAUUUCACCUCCAGGGAUACAGCGCGCAUGUGGCAGGGAAUACAUUACCUAACAAACCUCAGGGGCAGCAGGGACCCACCGACAGCUGCAAAUACAUUGCUGGCAGAGGAGCUCAACCACUUUUUUGCCCGUUUCGAGAGAGGUCCGAAUGAAAGAACCUCUCUCCAACUGGACCCUGCUAACCAGCCACUUACCCUCCAGUUAGAGGAGGUAAAGCGGGCCCUGAGAACUGUUAAUGCUAACCCACACCUGGAGCUCUAUGUUUUACUGCGGUUUCCAGAAACCACACAGCACAGUUGGUUUGGGAAACUGGAUGCAAGAGUCUUGAGGUGGAUUCCCAGAAUGACUGGCCUGUUCAAUGUGGAGAAACUGAGCCCACAUUCACUGGGAUUUGGAGAGGCGAUCCAGUUCAAAACAUACAUCAAGAUCAAAGAUUACUGGGUUCAGGAACUUCAAUGUGGGAACCAAUGCCUCUUCCACAGGGGCAGCCGAUUGGCACAAGGAGGAGUCCAGGUGCCCAGACCUCUCCCCCCCCCCCCGGGCAGUGCUGGGACCACUGGAUCAUCACACAGGCGAGACAAGGACAGACAGAGAAGGAGAAUGGAAAAUGCCAGCUCCAGCCAACAGGCGGCUCAGUCUGAGACCCCCUCAUACUUCACACAGGAAGAGCUCAACAAACUGAUUUCCAAGUUCAAAAUGGGAGGUGUGGAAAAGGUUCAACCUCGGCUGGAGAAGAAGAUGAAAGAACUGGACAACACCGAGCUGAACAUCGCCGUGACGGGAGACACGGGUGCAGGAAAAUCCACACUCAUCAACGCCAUGAGAGGGCUUCGUAGCAAAGAUAAGGGAGCGGCUGCGGUUGGGACCACGGAAACUACAAUGGAGCCAACCGGAUACUCACAUCCCACUCUGCCCAAUGUCCGCUACUGGGACCUGCCGGGGACCGGAACUAAAGGAUUCACCGCGGGUUCCUACCUGAAGAAAAUGCAAUUUAAAAAAUACGAUUUCUUCAUCAUAGUGUCAGCUGGUCGAUUCACAGACAAUGAUGUAAAACUUGCCACGGGGAUUAAGCGGCUGGGGAAGAAGUUCUAUUUUGUCCGCUCUAAGAUUGACAAUGACCUUCAUUCAAUGCAGCAGGAACGGGGGCAAUUUGAUGAAGACAAAGCAGAAAUGGAAAAGAUCCGGAGUGACUGCGUCAGUCAGUUGGGAAAGGGCGGGAUCCCUGAUCCCAAUGUGUUCCUGAUAUCCAGUUUCAGGAGGAGUAUGUAUGAUUUCCCUCGGUUAAUGGAUGCACUUGGAGAUGGUUUACCAAAUAUAAAGGAAUCUGCCUUUAUCCUGUCCCUUCCCAACCUCAGUGAGGAGAUUAUCCAUAAGAAAGGUGAGCUGUUGAAGAAACGUAUCUGGAUGUUGGCGAUCCUCGCAGGCGGAGUGGGAGCGAUCCCUGUCCCGGGUCUCUCUGCCGCCUGCAACAUGGGGAUAUUGAGUGGAGCGAUAAUCAAUUUCCGUGAAUGCCUGUGUCUGGAUGAUGCUGCUCGCAGCAGAUUGGCCGAGAGAAAAGGCAAGUCCAUGGACGAGUUGGAUGCGGCAGCGCCAUCACCCCUGUUGGGAAAAAUAACUGUAGACGUAAUAAAAUGGUUGUGUAAAGCCAUUGUUGGUGUUUCAACCGUUGCAGCCGUUGUUAGCUAUUUCCCAUUCGUCGGUUCCCUUUUUGCAGCCGGGACAUCAUUCCUGGUGGCCUACAAGGUACUGGAUAAAGCGCUGACGCUUCUGAUUGAGAUCUCAAAGAAGAUGCACGCUGUUGCCACAGGCGUCGCGUAACCGCUCUGCACCAAUAUCCAUCCCGUCAGUUCACGUCGCGCUGGGCUUCAUACUUUGAAGAAAGCUAACGCCCAACCGUGCGCUAAUUCUACUCGAACUGAUUGCUGUUUGCUUGGAUGUAUCUGUAAAUCCGCCUUUUGCGAAAUCUUGCUAAAACUGUUGCUAAAUUUUGCUAAGUCUCCCAUUUGCUAAAUACAACACAUCCCCCUCCCAUUCCCACACUGACCUUUCUGUCCUCGACCUCCUCUACUGCCAGAGUGAGGCGUCGUACAAAUUGGGGGAACAGCAUCUCAUAUUUUGCUUGGGAAGCUCACAAAUCCGCGGUACGAAUAUUAAUUAGUCCAAUUAAUACACCCCUUGCUUUCCCUCUCCUCCCCCUUCUGGUUUUCGGACUGGCUUCACUGUCCUCCCGAAUAAAUAUUACUGAUUGAAUGCCUCCUUGUCACCUUCCCCUCGUCUAACAAUGAUCAAUUCUACAUUUGCCUUUGAGCAGCGUCCCCUUUGAUCUCUCAUUUUCACACAUUACCCUUCCAUAUCUCUGUCUCCCUCUCCCUUAACUAUCACUGCAGAGGGUCUCGACCUGACACAUCGACCAUUCCUUCUUUCUGAGAUGCUGCCUGUCCCUCUGAGUUACUCCAGCAUUUUGUGCCAAUCGUCAUGUUCUCCUGAGAUGCUGCCUGGUCAACUGAGUUCCUCUAACACUUAAAAAAAAAAUUGUAAACCAACAUCUGCAGUUCCCUGUUCCUGCUGUUUGCUGCAAGCAUUUUUGGAAAUAUUACAAAUAUUUUGAAAUUUCUGACACAGUCGUACAUUACUGAGGGCGGGGCAUAUUUCACUUGGGCAGUUUACAACCCAGCGGAAUGAAUAUUGAAUCUCUAACUUCAAGUAACACUUGCAUCCCCUCUCUCUCCAUCCCCCAAUGACCCUCAUCAUCAUACUAGUCUCACUAUCGUCCUGUUGAGUACCUCUGUCUGUAUAACUCGUUACCACCUUCCCCAUAGCCAACAAUGCACCAUUGUGGGCUCUACCUGUCCUUCAUCAUCGUGCCUUGCUUUGAUUUGCCCUUUUACAUAUAUUUCAUCCAUUUGUUCUCUGUACCAUUCCAUAUAUCUCGUUUCCGUCUCCCUGACUUUCAAUCCGAAGAAGGGUGUCCGUCCAAAAUGCCACCUAUUCCUUUUAUCCAGAGAUGCUGCCUGUCCCGCUGAGUUACUGCAGCGUUUUGUGUCUGUCUAUGAGUCUACCAGCCCGUUUGUGCCCCUCAGAACUUCCCGACAAGCAGCAAUAAACCAGUUCUCAUUCAGCAGCAAAACACUCCAAUGCAUCUACUUUGGUGUCAAUGUGAACUGGAAAGUCAGCGCCUUCAUUAGAUUGUGCCUGGCAGCGAGUGUCUGGGAAGGACAUUUCUCUCCAGGACGGGACACUUCCAGUGUGGGGGAAACUGGGAACGUGUCUGAGAACCUGUCACUUGUCUUAUUCCCAGUAAUCUUCACCAAGGUGAAGGAGUGGAGAUACAUCGGCAAGAAGACCAACUCUCUGUGAGGGAACUGGGACCAUGUCUAUCAUCUACAGCUCCAGACAAAGAGAUAUGGAGAAUGUUUAGAACUGAUGAGAAUGACCCGCCUGAAAUACAUCCCACUGGAAUGUGGGCGGCACAGUGGCGCAGCGGUAGAGCUGCUGUCUCACAGCGCCAGAGACACGGGUUCAAUCCUGACUACGGGGGCUGUCUGUUUGUGCAUGGGCUUCCACCGGGUGCGACGGUUUCCUCCCACACUCCAAAGACAUACAGGUGUGUGUGUUAAUUGGCUUCUGUCAGCAUUGUAAAUUGACCCUAGUGUGUAGGAUAGUGCUAGUGUACGGGAUGAUCGAUGGGCCACAUGUAAUCAGUGGGCCGAAGGGCCUGUUUCCGCGCUGUAUCUUUAAACUAAACUAAACUGUAACCACGACUGUUUUGGUAUUAUUUUGCAUUCUGUUAUUAUUUGAAAACAUUGUUUCUAAUGUAACCGACAAUUACUAUUGCAACUUUGAUCAUACAGCUCGUUGAUUGAGCAGGAAAUGCUGAUGGUAAAAUAAGCCACAUUGGGGGGUUUAAUAUGUUCUUGUGUAGUAAUGUGGACCCUGUUCCCUUCAACUGACUUGUUGAUGGGGAAUGUGUGUAAUCAGAUUAGUCUCACACAGCAACAGGUGACUCUUUGACAUGAGAUGUAAUACUGUUGCUGUUGUUGGGUCAACACAUGUGAACUGUUUAGACAAGUAGAGUUGUAUCUAUUGUUAAUUAACAAGCUUGCUUCAGUACAAAUAUACACAAUAAAAGUUCUAUAUAAAGCUGAACUCUUAGUAUUCGUCCGUUAAUUAAAAUGACUGCAGCUGACCCGUGUUAGUGAAACUUGUGAGAUCCGGUUGUGUUUCAACAUGCUGAAUAUAGAGACAGAUAUUUCCCCUGGAGGGACGGGUUACAUAUCACUGCCAGGUCGUGCGGCACUGUGGUCAACCCAGUUCUAUAACCCGGGCAUUGAUGUUGAGAAUGGGGCAGCACAGUGGCGCAGCGGGUGGAGCUGCUGAUUCACGGCGCGGGUGAUACAAGUUCCAUCCUGAAAUCGGUUCUUGUCCGUGUGGAGUUAGCACAGUCUCCCCGUGACCGUGUGGGUUCCUUCUGGGUGUAGUACGUAGGGAGUGGGCGAGAAAGUGGGAUAACUUAGUCAAGUCAAGAGAGUUUAUUGUCAUGCGUCCCAGAUAGGACAAUGAAAUUCUUGCAUUGCUGCAGCACAACAGAAUAUUGUAGUCAUAAAUACAGAUCGGAUCAGUGUGUCCAUAUACCAUAGAAUAUCUAUAUUACUAAAAGUCUGAUAUUGACCGCCUUUGGCUCGCUGUGCUGCGAUUUCCGAGAGAAUGGCGCCACCUACGGCCGUCAUUUUUGGCCACCUCACUCAGAGCCCCCCUCCGCUUUCCUGGACUGGAGGAUUUUUUCCAUCGAUGAAAAAUCCGAGAGAUAGUAAUGUUUUUUAAAAAUUUGCCAUUCUCUCUGCUGCCGCUGCUGGUGGGAGGUGGGAGGGAUCAUAAUACCAGGAAGUGGUGUGCCUCACUCAGUCUCCGCAAGAUGGAGGAAGCCAGAGGGUAACGUGUCUCUGAGCUCUGAAUAACACUGAACACAUGUCUACUCAACUGUGAGUUCCCUUAAUGUGGUUUGAAAAUGAAAAUAUGGUUGGUUUGAAGUAAACAGGCACUGCAUGCAAAUGGUUGUUUGGGGGGUUUGGGUUGAAGUGAAAAGGCACUGCAUGCAAAUGGUUGUUUGGGGGUUGGGGUUGAAGUGAAAAGGCACUGCAUUUGAAUGUGGUGGUGUUGCACCCUGCAUGAAAUGGUAUGAAACUGCACUUGAAUUUGGUGGCCUUGCACCCUGCUUGAAGUGGUUGGAAAUUGCACCUGAAUUUGGUGGCCUUGCACCCUGCUUGAAGUGGAAUUUCAAGGAAUAGCCAUGAGUCAACUGCCAGCCCACCAGCUGUGAGUGAGCUGCCAGCACACCAGGCUUGUGGGACUGAGCUGCCACCCCAAGAAUCCAUUUGGCCCACAAUGUCCAUACUAGCCCUCUGGAGACCAGUAGUCCCUGUACCCAACAACACCCAUACUAGCGCUCCAGAAAUCCCUCCCACCCCACUGGCCACCAAUAUUGAAAUUGGUGGGGAGGUGGAAUAUUACAUCGGGGGACCAACCCUCCCAUGUGAACAU